ACGAAAUUAAAAAAAAGUCAUUUUCUUCAGAAUAAUUUUUCAAAAAAAUAUAGAAAUGAAAACUUGGUUUGUUUCAAAUGUUUAAAGAAGAAUUUAUUCAACUGAAUUUGCUGGUCGUAUAUAUAUCUUACCAUAUCGGCAUCCUUCCAACGAUUUAGUCUUUAGACCAACCCGGUCGUCCACAAGCGGAAGUGGAUUUUAAUACAGGAAGUAUACAAUGAAUGAUGAGGAUGAAAACAAACUGAAGUAAUAUUUUGAUUUAUACACAUUCAAACUAAAGCCAAAAUGUCUCGUGCGAUGGUGCCUAGCCAACAAAAGUUGGCGGAGAAGUUGACGAUCCUAAACGAUAGAGGAAGGGGGAUGCUAACACGAAUAUACAACAUUAAAAAGAUGCUUGGGAACCCUGACAACAAGCCAGGUUUUCUUACAGAUAAAUCUUAUGAACCGGUUUACAGAUAUUUGUUAAGGCGAUUUCCAAACGUGGACAGCAAGUCGAGCACACUGCAAGUGAUCAACAACAUUAAACAGGAUGUGGUCAAGUCCCUAUCUCUGUACUACUUUACCUUUGUGGACAUCAUGGAUUUCAAGGAUCAUGUUGUGGACUUGCUGACGACAAUUGAUGCAUGUCAAGUUCACAUGGACGUUACCUUGAACUAUGACCUGACAGUGAACUAUCUGAACCUGAUUUCAACCUAUGUUUCCAUAAUGAUCCUGCUGUCUCGGGUGGAGGACCGGAGAGUGGUGUUAUCUCUGUACAGCGUGGCAUACGAAUAUCUUCAUGCCUCAUGUGAUCCGUCUUUCCCUCGGCUGGGGCAGUUGGUGAUUGACUAUGACAGUCCUCUGAGGAAGCUGUCAGAGGAGUUUGUUCCUCACUCUAGGGUGGUGGUUCCUGCCAUUAUGUCUCUUCACAAGAUUUACCCUAAGAGGAACCUCCCAGCUGACCAGAUGAGAGCCACCGGCAUGCUCAGUCUACUGGCCGAGCCACUGAAAAUCAUGAAUGUUCCCAACACGGACAUGGUGCAGUGUGAAUACCUUUCACUGGAUUCCAUGGAGAGGUGGAUUAUUUUUUCUAUGAUGCUGUGUCACCAGUAUUUACAGGAGGCCCAGUUGUGGGACCUGUGGAAAACAGCGCUUCAGUCAGGGUACAUAAUCCAGCUGUGUCGGGAUGAAGUCUUGCACAUACACAGCUACAUCAACACCUUCUUUGAAAGUCUCAAGGGACAUAACAUGUCCAAGAGGAUAACUGAAGUGAAGGACCUCCAGCACCAAGCUCUGCUGUCAGCUCCAGGCAUACACAGAGAGAGGAGAAAGUUUCUGAGAUCGGCUCUGAAGGAGCUGGCCUUGAUUUAUACAGACCAACCAGGAUUAUUGGGACCAAAGGGACUGUAUAUCUUCCAAGCCUUGGCAGUGGCUCGAGAUGAAAUUCACUGGCUGCUAAGACACUUUGAUAAUCCUCCCUCUAAGAGACACAAUGUGAAGCUUUCACAGGAGGACUUUGUAGAUCGACAGUUGCCAGAGUUACUGUUCAACAUGGAGGAACUUAAAUCUCUGGUUCGGAAGUACAACCAAGUGGUACAGCGGUAUUAUGUGCAGUAUUUGGCUGGUUAUGACUCAGUGCUGCUCAAUCAACUGAUACAGGAUCUAAAUAAAGAGCCAAACUUGGCUCACUGCCCAGAGGACGAGUCUGUUAUUUUGUCAUCACUGUACAACUCCAUAGCAGCAGUGUCUGUCAAGCAAGUUGAAGCUAAUGACAUGUUUGACUUCCGUGGAAUCAGAUUGGACUGGUUCAGACUGCAGGCAUACACAAGUGUGAGUCGUGCAGGCCUGGUUCUGAGGGACCACUCGGAUCUAGGUAAACACCUCAAUAUGAUUGUCUUCCACACCAAGAUGGUGGACUACCUGGAUGAACUCCUGAAUGAAGCCGGAGAUCUUUCAAUAUAUUGCUUCUACACUCAGAUAUUUGAGCAUCAGUUUAAGCAGUGUAUGGAGUUCCCAGCCCAGCAUCGAUACAGUAUAGUGUUUCCCAUUAUAUGUGGCCAUUUCAUGAAUGCCACACACGAACUCUGCCCAGAGGAACGCCACUCCAUUGGCACCACCAGUGUACAGUACGCUCACUGGUUCCUGAAGGAAAUGUCCGAUGAAGUCAACCAGGUCAUCACCGCCAUCUGUGAGGAGCAGUGCAUGCUCAACUACAAGCUUCUACCCAAGCACAGUGCAGCCAGCAUUCUCCAGAGUUCCAACAAACACAAGAAAAAACAGGACAAGAAGAAACAUGUGGGCCCUGAAGAAGAAAAGCCAGGAGUUGAGAGUGCUCGUAAAAACAGGGAAAACUUUACAAGGAUGGAUAAGUUACACAUGGCCUUGACAGAACUGUGUUAUGCUGUAAACUACUGUAAUGUGAUCCAAGUUUGGGAACAUGGUUUUGUACCAAGGGAGUUCUUCAUUCAGCACCUGGAAACCAGAUUUAACAAAGCUUUAGUGGGCAUGAUGAUGUACAACCCUGAUACGAGUGAAAUUGCCAAGCCAUCGGAGUUACUAAGCAGCGUCAAGGCCAUUAUGAGUGUUUUACAAGGACUUGAAAAUUAUGUUCAGAUUGACAUUGCCCGGGUGUUUAACAGCGUGCUACCUCAGCAGACACAGGCCACUGAUAGCUUUAAUGGCGAAAAGACCAUCACGGCCAACUAUACUAACUGGUAUUUGGAGGUGCUGCUUAGAAGAGUGACUGUAAAUAUAGGUCAGAUUGUGUACUCUCCAAACCGCAAGGCAUUUGUUACCGUGGCAGCAGACAACAAUAGCAAAGAGAACCUCUACUUGGCAGCAGAGGAGUAUGCUGAUCUCACUGAACUGAGAGCUUUGGCUGAAUUGAUUGGACCAUAUGGGAUGAGAUACUUGGGGGAACGACUUAUGGGCCACGUUGCAAGUCAGGUGGAUGAGCUCAAGAAACUGGUGAUCCAGAAUAAAGAGGUGCUAUUUAACAUGAGGACUAGUUUUGACAAACCAGAUGCCAUGAGGGAGCUGUUCCGUCGGUUAGGAAGACCCGUUAAGCAGCCAGGAAAUACUAAAAACCAGGUGUCAGAUGUGGACAGUGUGUUGAUGAGAAUGACCAUCAUAGGGAUCUUGCUGUCGUACCGGUCAUUGGCUCAGGAGGCCUUGCUAGAUGUGCUAGAGGACAGAAUUCCAUUUCUGAUGGCCUCAGUGCAGGAUCUAAAACAUUUUGUUCCCAACAUGAAAGACACCAAGUACUCCAACAUGAAGCAGCAGGUGGUUAAUGAGAUGGCGUCUGCGGCCGGACUCUCCUGUGACAUCGACCCGCUACUUAUCAGCGCUUUGCGAUCCCAGAAAAAUGAGCCCCGCAAAGAAUAUAAGGACACUGCCAGAACAUCCACCUCUAGUGUAUCUAGUGACCCAGAAGUGACCAAUGAGAGUGACUAUGAGCUAGCAUGUCUGCUGAUGGUAUUUGUGGCAGUUUCCAUUCCCACGCUGGCAAAAAAAGAUGUAUCUGUCUUCAAGGCAUCAUUAGAAGGGAAUCUGAACAACUGUCAUUGUUUGGCUAAGGCAGUGAACCAGAUAGCAGGUGCUCUGUUCACAAUCCAUGGACCUGGAGAUGUGUCAGAUAGAUUACAGGAAUUUCUAGCUCUUGCAUCAUCAAGCUUGCUUCGACUUGGUCAGUCCCAGGAACAUGAUAAAGAGUUUGUUAAAAACAGAGAAUCUGUGUAUAUACUAUUGGAUCUGAUUGUGCAGGAGUCUCCCUAUCUGACAAUGGAUCUGUUGGAGUCCUGUUUUCCAUAUGCUCUUCUGAGAAAUGCCUACCACACAGUUUAUAAAGCAUCUGCAGUCGACAACUAAGCCAGCCGGACAAAAAUCAACACUUCUCCCGAGUCAAACAAUUGAUAUUCUAGAUAAUGUAACACAGCAAGACUUCCGACAGAACCUGUUUGCUCCGUGGACAGAUGUGUACAAAUUUAUUUUUAUUGUGUGUAGUACAAUUUUUUUAUGAUAGUAAUAUAUAUCUUAAGAAGAAACCAAAGAUGGAGAGUCUUGUUCUGAAAGAGAAUUAUAUUCAAUAUUGUUCCAUGAUUGGAUUUAGGACAUUAGUGGAAAUGAGAAACAGAUUAUUUUACAAUUUGUGCAUUUUUGUAAUAAGUUGACUAAAAUUCAGGUAAACAGUAAAUUUAAAAUCAAUGUAAUCUUAAAUUUCAAAUUGAGAACAAUAUGCAGGUGAAUUUGAGGUACAGAACAGUAUCAAUGUUGAACAAAUGGAUUGAACAGGUGCAUAAGUGUAUUUUGUUCCAAUUAAAAGUGCAAUACAAUUUAGCCAUAUAUUUUACCUCUAUUAUAUAUAGGAUUUUAAUUCAUUGUUAUUUGCAUGUGUGAAUUCAUGUAACACUUCCAUUUAUUAAAAAUUACAUGUAAUGUAUAAAGUGACAGAAUUUUUGACAUUGGACAAGGUAUGAGAGAGAUCUGAUGUGUUAAAGUGUAGAAACAAUUUAAUCUUGUACAUAAUUUUUGUGGUAUUUUAUUAUACUUGAUUAAACAGUUGAGGUAUGACAUACAA